AUGUCCGAUAACAUAACAACUCAGAUCAGUAGCCGUCGUUCGGGACGAGUGCGACCCGAGAUCUCGUACAAGGAGCGAGAUGACAAGGACAGCUAUGACGAACUUCGACGUGCUCAAGGAUACACCGUCAAGAGGCAGCGAAAAGAUUUACCGGGCAAAGUUCAUCGAAACGGAAUCAAAAACGCUGAUGAAGAGGCGGACGCUAUUUGCACUGACGAAGCUCCGGAUCUUCUUGACGAUGUACUCAACUUUCCCCACGAUGAGUUGGAAGCAUAUGAGGGUUGGGCACAUUUCAACUACAUACUGCACACCCUUGGUGUGUCUAAUGUCCGUACCGAGGAAAUUUUCAGCAUGGAUGAGACAGAGAUAGCUGCACUCAGAAAACCAAUUUACGGGUUUAUUUUUCUAUUCGAAUGCGAUGGUGUUCCAAUCUCAGACGAGAUAGUUCCACCUCCAUCGAAUAUGUGGUUUGCCGCCCAGACUGCCUCCAACUCGUGUGCUACAGUUGCCUUGUUAAACGUUUUGAUGAACUGCGACGAAGUAGCUAUGGGCGAAAAAGUGCGCAAGUUCAAAGAAGAAACUGCAAACAUGGUGCUCUCGCACAGAGGUGCAUACUUGUCACAAGACAAGUUUCUCCGAUCAACUCACAAUACAUUUGCGCGUCGUCUCGAUCUUAUGGAUGCAGACUUGGGGAUGAUGAAUCAAUGGGAGGAGCGUAACAAGCGCCAAAACAAGGGAAAGUCCAACAAGCGCAAGCGUAAGGCACUUGACCCUGACUCCGCCAAGCAUUACGUGGGAUAUAUUCCUCAUGAUGGUCAACUGUGGGAGCUUGAUGGAUUAGAUGGAGGUGUCAUCUGCUUAGGACCAUAUGAGGGAGACUGGGCCUGUGCCGUGAUACCCCAUAUCCAGAGAAAGGUUGAAGAGCUUGGUCUCCAGGCCAACCUGCUUGCGCUCUCCCACAAUCCCCUAGCCAGCGUGCGCCAGAAGCUUGCGGCGAACAUGGCCUGCUACGAGGCACUCCAACAAAAUUUGGCUGCCAGCCCAACAUUGAAGAGUAUUGCGGAGCAGGAUUCAAGUUACAUCACAUGCAAACAAGAAAACACCGAGCAGUUGGGAAAGAUGGGCUUGACAUACGAGGAAGUUGCAGCAACGGCAGCCCCUGACGAAUUUUUAAAGGAGCUUGCCGGACCGGAGAUGACACAAGAAUAUGCAGAUACAACCAUGAGAAGGCUAAGAGCUGAGCAACGUGAUCUGAGACUGGAAUACGACGCAGCCCGGGAAAGCGGUAACGAGGAUCUCGCUGCUGCGCGUCGCCGAUGUCAAGACUACACUCCUUUGGUUCAUGGAUGGCUACGUGCCAUGGGCGAAGCUGGUGUGUUGGAAGCCCUGGCAGAUUCGCAAUAAGCGAAGAGCUUGUUUGUCUGGCGCUUUUUUACACAUGGAGUUGGUUUCCUGCUGGUAGUUGCGAUGCUGUGUAUCGGUGUGAGUAUUGGCAUGCUUGCUUUCGAACACUUUUUUUGGAGGAAGUUCUUCAGAAGGAUGAGGGGCAUCUGAUAAAUGUCUAACUUAGCUAUGACAGUCAUAGCAGUGAAAUUUUGGUUACCGAGUCCAUUGUGUACGUAUAAUGUUAAUAGCAUCACAAGACGCUUAGGUGUGUGAAGUAACUGCAGGGUAGG